UUUUGUUGCUGCACUUGUCGAAAAAACUUCCAUUGCUACUUCUUGUUUCACUUCUGCCGAUAUGAUUAGCGUAACACCUUUGCAAUAAAUUUCAGAUUUCUUCGAUUUCUCCGCUAUUUCAACAAAAUUUUGAAAAAAAUUCUACCAUAAUUAGAAAAUGUAAACAAAACAACUUGAACCACAACGAAGUCACGCACAAAGUUUGAACAUCUAACUUUGUAGCAAGUGUUGGCAGCUGUUGUAAACAAAAUAAACAGCGUUGCCGAAUCGACAUAUGUAACUUCCGCUCAUCUCUAUGUAGAGGAUUUCUAGUUGGGAACAGCGAUUUGGAAGGAUUGCCUGGCGUUAUUCGACAGAACCGUGCCACUCGGACGCUUCCAGAGGAGCAGAUAUUGGUGAACACAUUCACGGUACAUUCCGAAAGGAUGACGGUGUGGAGAAAUCGAGCUUUCCGUGCAUUCACUCGCUUGGCUACUCAGAUCAAUUUUGCCAGCUCGACUGCCUCAAAAUGACGGCCAGUUCCAGCUCAAGUCCCAAAGACAAACGGAUCGGUGACCUGAAUAGUUCGACCCAGUUCGUGGUGUCUCUGGGAGUCAUUGAAUCGCCGGAGAUGGCCCGUGAUUUGACCAGCGUGAUUGAAAAAACUGAUGUGGUCAUUGGCUACAUCAUAAUAAAAGCUGCCCUCUUCGCAUUUUGGAUGUUGAAAAGUGUACCGGAGCUGAUGGACAUCUUCCUGCCGGCAACGCAACCGCAGCUGCACGAGAAAAAUAACAAUCGGUAUCAUAUCUCCGGCGUCUCCCUCCUCACGGAAAUCAGGGAGGCGAGCCGUGACAUGCAGAAUCACUUCUAAAAGAUUGUCCGAAGCUGGUGCGGGUCCUACAGAAUCUAAUCCUAGCAGACUAUCUGCCCUAACGACAUGAGUAUUCGUUAGCAGUUCAUUCCUGACGACCACAACGAUCCGGACGGUUCCAAGGCGAUGCAUCGAAAGAUAUUCUCGCGCAGGUUGUGCAAACCACAUGCACCGACUCCGUCACCUUUCACCGCAUCGUAUCCAACCCGGGUGGACCACCCGUAUAUGUACAGUUCAAUUUUUGUUACACACAAUACUUAAUAAUUGGCUAUUGCUGAAUGUUAAUAAAGAGCACCAUGCUUGGGUUUUACUGGGACGCUGGGAACUGAAAGCUAUCCGAAAUGCACCAAGGGGUCGUCCAUAUACUACGUGGAUACUUUAAAGAGAGGAGGAUGUUUUGAAAUGGUCCCUGCUUGUCCACGGGAAGGGGGUUCGGUAUUUUGGAGAUGUCAUGUAGAUCUGAUUUUCUCAACAACACUAAAAAUUCAAUUUUAUUUCGAUUGAGCCUUCCGUUUCGUUACAAGUAGUAUUUCGGAGCAAUUUGACCAUUUGGGAUAUAGGGGAACGUACGUACUCCCUGCCGUUUUGUGCUCUUCGUCCUGGGUUUUUUUUAAACCUAUUGAACUCAAAGUUGGCAUCAAAUCUUGACCAUCCAAGCCGAAUCAUAUACGACCAAAUUUCAGGCAAUUUUGCCGACAAAACCGUAUGACGAAUGGAAUAAACCUGCCGAUAAUACCCCCAAAGUCACCCUGUUAAACUUAAUGAAUCUCAAUCAUUUUUUCAGCUAUUUGUACAUCAAUUUGAGAUCUCUUGGAAGAAAACAAAAUUUACAGCCAAAUUUAGUACUAAAUAAUACGGCGGUAGGGUACUGUAAUC